UAUCUUUUAAAAUUUACUAAGUAAUUCUAAUUACAUUUUGUUAAGUUGCUGCUGUUUUUAAAACUUUUCACAAUGCUAUGCUCACAACCGCAAAGAUAUGAUAGAUUAAUCGCCGAAGUACAAUGUUGCCAUUGAAUCCUAGAGAAUGCUUUCAGAUUUUAGAUAAUUUAUGUGCAAUUCCAAGUGGUUUGAAGUCACCGGCGGCGACAAUGUCCGGCCCAGAUGAACAGGAAGACUUUAUAUUUCGUCCGCAACAUCAUUUAGAUGCUAAAUGGCUAAAUCCUGAUUUGCAAGAAGUCCUACACGACCCCAAAUCGCUUUGCGCCACAUUCAACAGCCUGCUAUUGGAUAGAGAAAUAUAUUUCGACGCUGGUAAUGGUCUUGUGAACGGAGCCGGAAUAACUGCGAAGCUGGGAGACAGUGGGAAAUAUUACUGUGGCCUUAGAAUUUUGACUUGCACUUGCUGUGAUGGUCUGUGCGGCCCACACUCGGGCUGUGCCUGUGCACCGUGCUCUGCUCUGUCAGCAGAGGAGGAGCUGCGAUUGGCUAUCCAGUCCAAAAUAGUUGCACCUCCACCAUCUCUUCAAGUAAUUGAUGAAAUUAAAUGGAAGUUGGAUCCAGGACCAGAAUGUAUACAAAGCCUGAUUGACUCUUUGGUAUGGGAACAAAGGAUUCGUGCUAUCAACACUGCUGUUAGUUGUCUAUUUGUUUCACAAAUUCGUAGAUUGAUAGUCAUAUGUCAUAGACACCUUGUAGCUGUGAUAAGAGAUCAAAAUCAUAAUAGAGAUGGAAAGAAAGUGAAAUUAGAAAAGAAGCCCGUACAUGGAGCAAGUAACAGGGCCCUUAGUAGUGUUGUGAGCACACUGAAGAAGUCUGUGGAAUUAAGCACUGAUAGCCAAGAGGAUAUUGAGGAACAUACUGAUGAUGCUGAGGGUGCCAUAGGACUAGCCCGUGUGGGAGCAAGAGCGGCGCUGCGACUCGCCCUGUCCCUCGUUCGUCGCGCGUGGCGAUGCGGCGAGGACGCGGACGUCUGCUCUGCAUUGCUACGUGACGCCCUCGACGCCGUGCGAGCGUUGCCCGAUGCGGCGUUGUACGCUGGCACAGGACAGUGUAACGUACCAGCAUACCAGGCUCCCAGGUCGCAGAAGAUAUGGGCUGAAGUUGUCGACAGCGCUGCGAAGUUUCUACACCAAGUUGUUGCAGGUGAAGUGGGCUGUAAUGUGCCGCAAGGCGACUGGCGCACGUCCCUCUGUGUGUGGGUGGAGCUGUGCGCGCGCCGCGCCGAGCUCCCCGCCCUGCUGAAAGCCGCCGACGUGCUCGUUAAUCUACCGCCGAAACAGAAACGACAGCCGGAUAACAGAAUAAUCCUGGAAGAAUGCACAGCACCGUUGGGACCUUUUCUCCGGCGGAUGGCGAAAGUGUCGGCGCCCAGUCCGAUCAUCAACUCCGAACCCAACACAGAAUCUAACCCCACAGAAACAUUUCUGAAGGAGCUGACGAUACCAAGUGGAGAUGGGUUGAUGAGCGUGCGGAAGGCCGGUAUCGCGCUGCUCUGCCACUUGGACAGGCUAGGGGCUCCGUUACUGCCGCCUCUCAAGGGAUUUGUCACUUGCACAGAAUCAGCACAGGAAGUAAUCUGCAUCGACUCUGGGCCGGUGCAGCUCGGCAGUCUGCGUAUACAGCAGAUCGCGUGCGCGGAGAAACUAGCGCUGCUGCUGACGCAAGAUGGCGCUGUCUACACCCUGCCUUAUGAUACGAUGACGCCUCAUCUUAUACCCGGUUUGGAAAGUAAAACAAUAACUCAAGUGUCGUGUCACCCGCUCGGACGUCACUACCUGUGCCGCGGUGCGUGCGGAGGGGCGUGGUCUUGGGGGGCGGGGGAUGACGGACGCUUAGGACACGGUGACACGGCGCCGCGCGACGCGCCGCAGCCACUACACCAUUUAGCGCACCAUGACGUGGUGCGAGUCGCCGCCGGCGUGGCGUGCAGUGCGGCCAUCACGACUCGCGGUGCGUUAUACACUUGGGGGCGGGGCGCUCACGGCAAGCUCGGUCACGGAACCAUCGAGAACUGUCUCACGCCACAACCUGUGUCAUUCAACGCACACAAUAUAGAACGAAUCAUUGACGUCGCUCUUGGUUGGGGUGAAGCACAAACACUGUGUUGUACGUGGGAGGGGGCGGUGCAAGUGUUCGGGGAGGGCGAUGCGGGCACGCCCCGCGCUCUGACGUCGCUCGCCACUAUACGAGUCACGCGCGUAUACACCGGGGAACACUUUCACGCCGCGCUUACUGACAGUGGCCAAGUGUACACGUGGGGCAAAGGCGACGGAUACAGACUUGGCCAUGGCACAACUGAAAGUAUCAAGACUCCGAAAUUAGUUGAAGCGCUCCAGGACAUUAAAGUGGUGGAGGUCUCGCUCGGCGCCUCGCACGGGUUUGCGGUAUCGGCUGACGGGCUCGUGUACGCAUGGGGGACGCACGAGCGUGCGCAGCUGUCGCGCCCCGCCCCCCAGCCGCUCAAUGUCUUCAACCCGCCUUUCAAAGCUAAUGGUGUUGCUAGCGGACCAACACAAAUAUUUGCCUGGAGUGAAGAGAAUCCAAGAGACUUGCCUUCUUCGAUGCCUUUUGUGAUAGAUUUAUCAGAGAGUACAUUCAAGUUUCUAGAAAGACUGCUUAGAAUUGUAGUGGAACAGUGCAAUACGGCGAAUGUUAAAGAAAACGAAUGCAUUGCGAUAUCCUGCUUGAAUCUUCUAAGAUUACAAGUUCACGCUUGGCAAUGCACGCAAGACUCAGGCGAUGUGGAGGGGGCGUUAUGGGGCGGGGUUCACUCCGCGCUCGCAGCGCUCGCGGAAGGCCGUGCGGGCGCGUCCGCUGCGGCCGCCGCACGACGCGCGCUCGCCGCCGCAUGGCCGCUGCUGCUGCCGACUCCGCAUCUGCGCGCGUUGCAUCUUAUUGCGUUGUUGCCGCAAGGAUCGGCGCCGGCGAGCGCGGGCGCACGAUUCAUGACGGAGCUUCUGGUGUGGUCGUUACUCGGCGGCGGCGGGCUGCGGGACGCGCUCAACAACGCACUUCGAGCGGACUCCGCAGAUCCCUACAGUCAUCUACAGCUGGACGAUGAAUACGAUCAGAUUGACAUAGUAACUGGGCAGCGAGGUACUCCCACAACGACCAUGUCCGAAGACUCUGAAGCUGUUCCAGCUACAUGUCCUGAAGAGUAUGAAAUAAGCAAUGCUGGGCCGUCAGAAAAUAGCGCUUCCGUUCCUUUGAUGCAUCUGGUGAAACAUUUAAUAAGCAACACAACGUCACAAACUCAACUACACAUCAACUCAAUAAUGAAUGGCGACACAAACAAGGCUGAUGAGCUGAGAGGCCACGAUACUGUCAGUCCCAGUUGCGAUCUACUGAUAAGAUUUCAAAGACUGCUAUUCACGGAGGCAAUGUGGUGUCGCGGGGGCCGCAACACGCGCGGCGGCGUGCGUUCGCUCAUCACGCAGUACGUCACACUUCUGUCCGAGCACACGUACACCACACUCGCGUGCUUCGUGCGCGCCGUUUUCCGAGCGGACAAUGCACAGCUCGUCUCGCUAUGUGACGUCAUUACUCAGGAUAUCAUCGGGCGUGUAAUAAGUGAGCUGUGCGUGUGGAUAUGCGCGUGCGGCGCUCGCAGCGGCCUUGUUUUAGGCGAUUGCGGCGCGGCGGCGCUCCGCCUCUUGCGUGCGUGCGACGACGCGGCGCGCUCGCUGCCCGCUGCCGCCAAGUUGGACGCGGACUUGCUCGGCUGGCCUGGCCUAGUAUCGCGUAGACACCAACUCAACUCGACUAUUGUUAGAAAGUACGAUCUCAAAAAUCAUACCAAAGAGGGCGGUUCCUGGAUAGUGGUGGCCGGCUACGUAUACGACGUACACAAGUUCGACUGCGACAACGCGAGUACUGUGGAGCUCGUACGCAAAUUGCGUGGGUGCGACGCCACAGCGGCGCUUAGCGUGGAACCGCACGCUGCGUAUUUGUCACGCAUUACCGAGAAAUGUGUUGGCAUGUACACCAAUCAGAUAUACUCGCAUAAGUGUCAGGAAAGCACAUCUACUCUCAGAGCCCAUCACAUCCUUUCGUCUUGCGCGUUUAACCUAGCUCUCGGUCUUACUCAGUGCGGUCUGCGACUCUCGCGCUCGAUACCGGUACAGCAGGUGGAAAAAGAGGCGGCGCCGUACGCUACUGCUAUAUUCCUUAGAGGCGGCCUGCAGAUAUCGCACCCAACAAACCCAUUUGAAGAGGAGAAAGCGGAAGCUCGUAGUGGUUCGUCAACCGGUGGCAACAGUCCGGCUUGCGACGCGCCGCUUGCGCACACGCCCAACGUACGGCCCGCACGCACGCCCCGGCUCAACGUCCCAGUUACGGUCACGCCCAUGCGGGCUGAUGCGCUACUGUUUGCGCUCGCUGAACCUAAGUUACAUGAUCCGCUAGCGCUGCACCUAUGGUGGGCGUGCGAGCGGCGCGAGGGCUGCGCCCCGCAUUUCCCGCCCGAACAUCCGCUGGAGGAGCUCCGCAGGGCCCUGCUAGCUGUCUUGCUUUAUCAUGCCGGACUGAAAGAGCACGCGCUAGCGACUGCUACUGCUGAAAUGGAGAAAGGAGAGGUGAAACUGUCGCCGGCGAUGUCUGAAAUAGUGAAGGCGGUGCAGCAAAGCAAGUGGACCCUCAUGAGGACAAGACAGCAGAUGUCGCGCGGUUAUAAAGAGGUGUGUGCGGCCCCGCUAGAGAAAGCCCGAUUUCUGCUACACGAAGUCCGCGCCGCCAUUUCCCCGGCGGUGUCGGCGCUCAAAACGCGCCCACCCACGCGUCGCAGACCCACCGCCGCCAGAAUGUUCCAGAAGGUCAUGAAGAUGGCUAAAUCGCCUACGUUUAAUAAGUGCUUUGAAACAACCAAAGAUCUUCGCAACAGACAAAAUAGUCUCAGUAAAAGUAUGCUGAAAGCGACCGGCAGCUUACUACAGGGUGAUGCUCUACUCAUAAAAUCGACUAUCGGCAAUCAAAUAAUAAACAAACUCGAGGAACACCCUGUAGUAGUCGAACCACUAAAGAGUCAAAGCGAUACACUAUCAGACACCGCCAAAGAUUACUUCCAGACUAAAAUGAAAUUGAAACUCAAAGAGAAACCAUUAGAAAAAGAUUUGAAGAACGCUUCAAAUUACGGCGAUAUGAGAAACGACGGGCGCGAUUCGAAAGCAGACAAAGAUGAUUAUGAUAAAGACGACGACAAAACUCCAACAAAUGAAGUAUCUAUGAGUUCAAUGAAUGAUAUAACAGAUAAUUCUGUACUUAAAGAAUCUCUAGAGAGUGAGAAACAAGUGAUGUUGCUGGCUGAUGAUCUGAAAAAUGAGUUGAUUGUUGCCGAUGAGGAGAAGGAUGAUGAUAACUCGGAGAGGAAUAAAUUUGUUAACGCUUGGGUUAGCCGACUGGCUUGUGAGGAGAAAGACUUGUAUUGGAUGUUGGAGGAAGUAUCUCCGGAGCAACAGAGCUUGACUUCAGCCAUCAUUGACUUCGUGAUCACCGAAGCGCCCUGUGAUAUUGAUACGCUUAGGAGAGCUCUGUAUUGUCAGAUACAAAGAGCUGAGAUAAGACUGAACGGGUAUUUCAUUAUAAAUAGCGUACUAAACUCUGCGCAAACGAUGUCGGAAAGUAUAAAGUAUGCUGCACUAAGCGGGCUACUUGGAGCGUCCAUGGCUGACUCCGUACCACAUUCUCCUCUAAAACCCACAAUCCCAUUUACUCCACCAUUAAGAGGCAUAGAAUCUGUGAUACCACAUACAAAAUACAUGGUCCUUCUAGAAAGGUCUAAGUUAAUGGAGUAUGUUUUGAUUGAGUUGAAAGCGAAGGUCCAAGAAGGGGAACAAAGCCAACCGCUGCCUUUGAAAUUGAGCGCGAAUUAUGGAGCACACGCGUUGCUAAAUAAACCGUCCAGAGCAAGAUUCCUCAUCACACUUCUAUCAUUGCUACUCGAAGGCUGUCAAGGUCCAGAGUUAGAGCAGCUAAUAAACUGUGGAGCGUUGAGCACCUGUCUCACUCUGUUGAAGCAGAUCGGUGGAGACACGUCACUACAUACUUCUCUAAUCUGCAACAGUUUGAAAACGAAAUCUGAAUGCCUAAUCAUAUACGAGGAUGAGAGGCUGGGCGCAAGAGCGCGAGGCGCUUCCUUGUCCGGUCCCGAGUUGGCAUCGCUCAUGAAAAUUGGCACCAGAGUCGUCCGCGGUAAAGAUUGGAAGUGGGGAGACCAGGACGGUGUCCCCGGCGGUGAAGGGCGCGUUAUCGGCGAGCUCGGCGAGGACGGCUGGGUGCGGGUCGCCUGGGAUGCCGGCGGGACCAACUCGUACCGUAUGGGCAAAGAGGGAAAGUACGAUCUCAAGCUAGCACGCUCGCCCUCCCCACCGCCGUCUGUAGACGAAACCGUACAGGCUAAUGGAGAGAACAGUGUGGAAUGGUGGCCGGUGAACGAAGUUCGUGCGGCGUGCACGUGUUGCGUACGUGCUAUCUGUGCGGGGGCGGGGCGGCUAACGGGAGCGUCGCGGGCGGCGGCGGCGGCGCGGCGUAACGUCGCGGCGUUGCAAAGGAGAUUAUUAGCGCUUGCGCACGCACACAUGUCCCCGCCCCCCACAGCGUUUGCGUCGCAAACUCACACCGCUUUGGCGUUGCUGAGAGCAAGCGCUCAAUCACCGGAGAUGCGAAGUGCUCUCUGCACGGAUUCGUGGUUCGAGCUGUGUUACAGUAUUAUUUCGUCAAGCGAUAAGCCUAUCUCCCAAGAUCUCAUAUAUCUACAGAUACAAGCGCUAUGGCUGUUACGUCGUGUGCUAUGCGAACACAACGGUCCCUCGGACUGGCGGCGCACGGUCGCGGCGCAGCUGAUCGCGCUCGCCGGCCGCCUGUGGCUCGAGACGCAUGCGUACGACCCCGCGUUACGUGCGCACGCGCAUACGAUCACCACUACGGUCAUAAAUAACGGCGAUGAAGAGGAAGUUGACGUGCGAUGGCGCGCGCCCGCCACCGCCAGCUACACGGGCGCAACGUGCGCGGCGCUCAUGGAGCUCGUACGCAGUUUGCACACUGCGCCGCAAUGGCACGCCCCCCUUACGGCCUUAUUGCUUGAUAAACUGCAACUGGCCGCUCAGACGAUAACAAGCGACUGGCAUUGGUGGCCACACGCCAGUCAAGAUUUGACGCAGACCAUGAAACCCUCGCCGCCAUCAUUAAACGCAUGUUUGAUAGCUGGAGCCCUAGGUGUAGUCGGUGGGUUGGAAUGGCGGAUCCGGCUCGGCCAACGCGUAUUAACUGGCUCGCCAACUCGACAAGCCAUCGUCACACAGCUCUCCUCGCGAGCUAAGCUAACCCUCAUACACGAAGAUAAUACGACUACAAAGAGUGAUCUAAGCGGCGUACAGAGCGCGGAGUGCGGGCGGUUGUCGCUCGCGCUAGGGGGCGGGGAGAGCGCGCUGCGUGUGUGCGCCGCACUGCUCGGCGCCGCGCCGCAGGCUUCGCCCGUACAUCCACAUCAUUUACCUGCCGAGAUAGACGUUUACGGUCUAAGGAGACAGCAGAUGGAAUUGCUUACUCUAUGUGCGGUGCGAGGCUUAUUGACGACUAGGACACGACUACGCAAAGUGCUAUUACAACCGCCUGAUAGCGGAGGAUCACUAGACAGAUCGUCGUCCACCAGUGCGGACGGUACGCUGCUGCGGCGACUGCUGGCGCUCGCGACACGGCCGAGCCCGCUCGCGGCGGCGCACACGCCCGCCGAGCUCGCCGCCGCCGCGCUCACUAUAGUGCAGCAGCUGGCCGCUCAUGUCGCAGGUGAAGAUAAGGAGUACGAAACUCCGCCGGAGAUACCGAUCAUAGACAAGAGUAACGUGAUGCAAGUGUCCAUGGGUCCGUCUACGAGCACUGCGUCACUGUCUCGCAAAGAUCUAAAUACAUGGGCAAACUCGUCACAAGUGCAGCAAGUUAUCGAGAUGGGAUUCUCCAGACACGCUGUUUAUGGCGCUAUUCAGACGCUUGGUGGCACUAGCCUGCCGUCAGUGGAGGCGUUAGUGGCGUACCUACUGGAGCUGCCGCAGCAGGGCAUGGACGACACAGUGUUCGACGUCAAACCCGUCGUCAAACAAGACAAGAAGCCUACACCCUUCAGGUGGCGCAGCUGCUUUGCGUCAGAAGACGAAUACGCUCAGUAUCUCAGUGACGUCAUCGCACCGGGUAUGACCGUGCGGUGCUGUAAGGCGUUUGAGAAUAUUGCUCUGGGAGAUGUCGGCCAAGUCCAAAAAGUUGAACGCGACAUCAAACAAAAUGUAUUCCUGCAUGUGGAAUGGCGCGGCGUGGGUCGAGUAGCGGGCGUACGCGCCGUGCACGCUGAAGUAGUGUCGGGUGCGCCGCCAUUCGCGCCCGGAGACCGCGUCCGCGUACGCGCCGCCGUCACGCAGCCGCGGUACAAAUGGGGAUGUAUAGACCAUACGAGUGUUGGGACUGUUACUGCAAUAUCAAACAACGGGCGCGAUUUGACAGUCGAUUUCCCGCAACAACCCGGCUGGACCGGUCAAGUCAGCGAAAUGGAACUGGUCACGGAUCAGUCGGAAUGGUGCUGCGCGGCGGGCGGGUCGGGUGUGGGCUGGCGCGGCGCAGUGCGUUGCGUACGCGUAUCGUCCUGCCGGCCCGCUGCGGGCGCGCGCCGCCUACUUGACUCGCAGCCGCAUACGUACUGGCAGAGCUCGACGGGUACUGGACAGCACUGGAUCCGCGUUGAAAUGCGUAUGGGUGUGCGCGUACGCAGACUCGGGUUAGGCGUGGCGGGCGGUACGCACGGGCCCGCAGCUCUAUCCGUGCGUGCGGGUGCAAGCUUCGACGACGCCGCGCUCGCGCCGCUAGCGGCCGUGCCGUGCGCCGCCGCGCCCAAACGGCCCGCGCCGCCCAACCACCUAGCACAGAUACAACUGUUGGCUGAUUGUAAACAGUAUUAUCCAUGCAUAGAAAUUGGAAUAAAGCAAAAUAGGAACGUGAACGCCGAUGUUCGUGUGCACGGACUGUAUAUCACUGGUUUUCGACCGAACCCAAUGUAUACUGAAAUUUUGUCGAGCAUGAACUUUGUGGCGGAAGACUGGAUGGAAAAGGACAGUCCUACAGGUGCUGCAUCAUCUGAAAAUAACCCACCAACACUACCGAAUGACUGUCCAAAGGUAUACGUAUGGGGUCUAAAUGACAAGGAUCAAUUGGGAGGUGUGAAGGGAUCCAAAGUGAAAGUGCCUGUAUUUUCCUCGACUCUCAGUUCCUUGCGGCCCGUACAUAUUGCGGGUGGCUCGAAAACAUUGUUUGUCGUGUCUCACGAUGGCAAGCUGUACGCGUGCGGUGAAGGCACGAACGGGCGGCUGGGGCUGGGCCACAGCAACAACGUGUCGACGCCGCGCGCCAACCCGUACCUCUCGCACGUACUCGUGCGUCGCGUCGCCGUGCACUCCGGCGGGAAACAUGCGCUCGCGCUUACCGCUGAUGGCAAGGUCUACUCGUGGGGUGAAGGCGAGGACGGUAAGCUAGGCCACGGGAACCGCCAAACGCUUGAAGUGCCGCGACUAAUCGAGACGUUAUCUGACGAGCGCGUCGUGGGCAUUGCGUGCGGCUCCGCCCACAGUGCGUGCGUGACCGCUCGCGGACAUCUCUACACGUGGGGGCUGGGGGAAUACGGGCGGCUCGGACACGGCGAUGACGUCACGCAGCUCGUGCCUAGAAUGGUGGAGGCGUUGGCGAAUUUCCGUGUGAUACAAGUGGCGUGCGGGUCGCGGGACGCCCAGACGCUCGCUCUCACCGCGUGCGGCAAAGUGUUCUCGUGGGGUGAUGGGGAUUUUGGGAAAUUAGGUCGUGGUGGAUCGGAUGGCUGUGAAAUUCCAAUGAAUAUAGAAAGACUCAACACGUUGGGCGUAAUACAAGUAGAGUGCGGCGCACAGUUCAGCCUGGCGCUGACAAGAGAUGGCGAGGUAUGGACGUGGGGCAAAGGCGACUACUUCCGUCUCGGUCACGGGUGCGACGCGCACGUGCGACGGCCGACCAUCGUGGAGGCGCUGCGCGGUCACCGCGUCAUACAUGUUGCGGUCGGUGCGCUACACUGUCUAGCUGUUACGGCGGAGAACCAGGUGUGGGCGUGGGGCGACAACGACCACGGUCAGCAGGGCAAUGGUACCACGUGCGUGAACCGGCGGCCGGCGUUAGUGGCGGGCGUAGAGGGCGUGGUGCGCGCCGCCGCCGGCUCCUCCCACUCGGCUGCGUGGGCGACCCGCGCGACGCGUCCUGACCCGCCCGCUGCGCCCGCGCCGCUGCCUUUCCCGGCGCUGAGGGAUCCGUUAGGCGCUCAUAGUUUAGGCCUAUACUCGGAAGAGACUGUAGUGGGAGAGCCGCAAGGAACUCGGCCGUCACUAGCGAGCGCGGCGCUGGCGUUAGAGCCGCCAGUGGCGGUGCAACAUGCGCUGUCUCUUAUACUACUGACAUUACACAUCACUCAGGCUCGCACGCUAUUGGUCGAGGCGUUGCGUGCGCACGAGGCGUGCACGACAGUUCCAGUGACUACGGGGUUGGACUCUGAGGACGACGAUACGGAGGCUGACGCACGCACCGGCGGCGGAGAGGCGCCGGCAGAUAGAGCUACUUUGCCGAGCGGAGCCAGCAGUCCUCUCAGCGGGUCUAUAUCGUCCCGCCACUCGGCCGUCAUGUCGUCUAGCGCGGUGUCGGUUGCCGCUGCCACCAUGACAGUGCAACAAGCUGACGCACCUAAGCUGGCAUUAGACGAUUUCACGUCUCAACUUGGCGAGUCGGACGCUCGGGCGCUCGUAGACCUUCUGAAACUAGCGGCGGCAGGACGCGUACCCAACGCGGCCAACGCUGUUAAAGUCAUAACAGACGUUCUAAUGGCGUUGUGCGCCAGCAAACCAGGCGUGGCUGAAAUGGUUGCGGAGGUGUGCGUUAGUGAGCUAGAGGAGGCGGCGGGGGGCGGGGCCCGCGCGCCGCCGCGCCCCGUCACUGUCGACAGCCCGCAUCCGUACGCUGAUGACACUGAUAUAUCCGGCGUGGUUAAGAUCCCUGGUGCAUGCAGUCUGCGAGUGACGUUCGAGCAAGGCUGCUCAACCGAGCGGCGCAACGACCCGCUAACGAUAUCGGACAGCGCGGGCCGCGUGUUGGCCACCCGGUCCGGCCGCGAGCCCGCUGAUUGGGCGCAGGAGAUACUCGUCAAUGGUGACGAGCUGCGUUGGCGGUUCACGAGUGAUGGCUCGGUGAAUGGGUGGGGAUGGCGAUUCACAGUACAUCCUAUUCUCCCCUCGAAUUCAUCGGCGGAGAGUGGGACGGAUAGAUACGUGCUAUCUUGUCCAUCCGUGGAGCUGGCUUGGCGGCUUCUAGACGGUCCUCUACUGAAGGCGGUCUCCAAAGAUCAUCAUUUGGCGCCGAGGCUGGCUCAAGCGCUCGCUAUCUGCGCACAAAUGCCUACUUUGUCAUGGCGUGCACGUGUGUGGUGCGUGCGUCGUCUGCGGGGCGUGGUGUGCGCGGUGGCGGGUGGUGCGGGCGGCGGGGCGGAGGGCGAGCAGGUCGCCGCCAGCCCGCCCGCGCUGGCACAGCUAUCACAGCUGCUGCAGGCGCAGUACGAGCACGAGGAACCCGCGCUGCGUACCGGGACGCACCUUAUGCACACACAUUAUUUGAAGGAGCUAGCGUGGUUAGCGUGCGGCCUACGUAUCGACUCGCGCGUCUGCAACGGGCCGGACGCAGCGCGGUGGGCGUGGUUCAAACGCUACUGUCUAUGUAUGCGGAGUGCACACGCCCUCAUACGGCGCCAACCCAUGCCGCCGCCUUUUAUAUCGGAAGUACGGAAAAGAUUGGCGGACUUGGGAGUAUACAAUGCGGAUGAAAGCUUAGACGCUAAGAAUCCGUGGGAGGACAACGUUAAGUUUACCAGACAACACGACGAACAACUGCUUCAUUGGGUUAGCAAGCGUCCGGAGGAGUGGUCUGGCUGGUGGGGCGGGGGCUCGCGCGGCUGUGCGGUGUACGGGUGGGGCCAUAACCAUCGCGGGCAGCUGGGUGGCGUAGAGGGCGCCAAGGUGCGGUCGCCGGUGCCGUGCCGCGAGCUCGCCGCGCUCGACCCCGUGCAGCUAGUUGGCGGGGAGCAGACGCUGUUCGCUGUCACGCCCGACGGCAAGGUGUACGCCACGGGAUAUGGUGCCGGCGGUCGCCUCGGGAUCGGUGGAAUAGACUCAGUGUCACUACCUACCUUGUUGGCGUCUAUUCAACAUGUCUUUAUUACCAAGGUGGCGUGUAACUCGGGCGGCAAGCACUGUCUAGCGCUCUCCGCUGACGGUGACGUGUACAGCUGGGGUGAGGGGGAGGAUGGGAAACUUGGACAUGGGAACAGAGUAAACUACGACCGUCCGAAGCUAAUAACGGCGUUAUCAGGUCUCGAGGUGGUGGCUAUAGCGUGCGGCGGCGCGCACUCCGCGUGUCUUACCGCGCGCGGCCGCAUCUACACCUGGGGGAAGGGCCGCUACGGACGACUAGGACACGGGGAUUCGGAGGACCAACUUGUGCCUAAAAUGGUGGAGGCGCUAGCAUCGUACCGCGUGAUCGAUGUGGCUUGCGGGUCGGGAGACGCGCAGACGCUGUGCAUCACCGAUGACGACAACGUCUGGUCGUGGGGUGACGGCGAUUACGGCAAACUAGGUCGAGGAGGUUCCGAAGGCUGCAAGCUACCGACUAAAAUAGAUUGUCUGAAAGGACUGAGAGUUAUAAAAGUGGAGUGCGGCUCACAGUUCUCCGUAGCGCUGUGUCAGUGUGGCAGUGUUUAUACAUGGGGCAAAGGCGACUACCACCGUCUAGGUCACGGCACAUACGAACACGUGCGACGGCCAAUGCGCGUCACCGGCAUGCAGGGAAAGAUGAUCGUAUCUAUUGCCACAGGUAGUCUCCACUGUGUUGCGUGUACGGACACCGGCGAGGUCUAUACGUGGGGCGACAACGAUGAAGGGCAACUAGGCGAUGGUACGACGCUCGCGGCGCAACGUCCGCGUCUGCUCGUUGCGUUACAGGGCAAGCGUGUGAGUCGCGUUGCGUGCGGCAGUGCGCAUACAGUCGCGUUGUGCGUGGAGAGUGCGCGCGCGCCACGCCCCCCGCCCCCUCCGCCGCUCGAGUGUCACUUGCUGCGUGAUAUGCCGCCGGAUAUACUCGCUAAUAGACUCGUUCUGCUUCAUCAAUUUUCGGAACUAGUUUGUCCAAACUUGGCGCUACUGAUACUGGAAGAACCAUUCGAUCAGCUGAGAACACUACUGUUCUAUAGUGUCAAAGAGGCGGCAUUUAGAAGAGCAAUAACAGCGACAAUGGUACGCGAGCGUCAACACGGGCCCGUAGUCGAGCUAUCCCGCGUGGCGGCGCGACGCGCACGCCGCGGCGGGUCCGGGCUGGCGGGCGCGGGCGGCAUGCGCAGCGUGUUUGGACAGAUGGUAGCACGCCUGCCCGCGCUUACGCCCGACGCGCUAGCGCUGCCGCAUCGAGUGUGGAAAGUCAAGUUUGUUGGCGAAAGUGUGGACGAUUGCGGCGGCGGGUACAGCGAGAGUAUAGCGGAGAUGUGCGAGGAGCUACAGAACGGUUCGUUACCGCUGCUCAUGGCCACGCCCAAUGGGCGGGGCGACGCCGGCGCCUCCCGCGACGCCUUCCUGCUCAAUCCGACUGCGAAUACGCCACUGCAUCUUAACUGCUUCCGGUUUCUUGGUGUACUAAUGGGUAUCGCGAUACGUACCGGCUCUCCUCUAUCUCUUUCACUCGCGGAGGGCGUGUGGAGACAGCUAGCUGGUCUGCCGCUUCGUCCUCAAGACCUGGCUGAAGUAGAUAAGGAUUUCUUACCGGCGUUGCUGUGUAUACGAGAUAUGGCGCCUAAUAACAAGGAGUUACAAAAUCUAGAGCUACCGUUUUCGAUACCGUCGGCGGCUGGGCACGAGGUGUCGCUGUCGACGCGGUACAAGAGAGUCACGCCAGACAACAAAGAUGAAUACGUCCAACUCGCCUUACACUACCGACUGCACGAGUUCGACGAGCAAGUCCGCGCGGUGCGUGACGGUAUGUCACGCGUGAUCCCCGCGCCGCUGUUAGCGCUGUUCGCGGCGUCGGAGCUCGAGGCGCUAGUGUGCGGCUCGCCUGACAUACCCGUGCAGGCUCUGCGCGCUUCUGCUACGUAUAAAGGCAUAGAACCUCAUGCGCCGCUGGUGCAGUGGUUCUGGGAGGUGAUGGAGGAGCUAUCGGGCAGCGAGCGCGCGCUGUUCCUGCGGUUCGUGUGGGGCCGCACGCGGCUGCCGCGCGCGCCGCAGGACCCCAGACAGCGGGACUUCGUGCUGCAGGUGUUAGACAAGUAUCAGCCGCCCGAUCACUUCCUGCCAGAGAGCUACACCUGCUUCUUCCUGCUCAAAAUGCCGCGGUACUCGUGCAAAGCUGUUCUAAGAGAGAAACUGAGGUACGCGAUCCACUUCUGUAAGAGUAUAGACACGGACGAGUACGCGCGCGUCGCUCUGAGCGCCGCCGAGCGCGUGUCCUCCGAGGAGUCCGACACCGACGACCCCGCCCCGCCUCACGCCCCGCCCCCCGCACUGUACUCCGUCACGAGACCGCCCACGUGGCUGUAAGAGCCAGAAGUUUACACUAUACCCGCCUAAGGAAAAUUACGUUACUGCCGCCUGUCCGACGACCCCGCCUAGCCACUCUGCCCUAUGCUUCGUUACAAGAUCGUGGCUGUAAAAGAUGUACCUUUAACUACACGCCUUUGGCGUUAACGUAUAUGUAGUUUGUUGCCGCCUACUAAUGGUCGGUGACCCCACCUUGUCACAAGCCCCGCCCCCUGCUCCAUACCCGUCACGGGAGCAUCAAACCGCAGUUUAUUACAUAUGCAGCCCGCGAUCUUACCUCUUUCUCCGUCAUAAAUACUAUUCUAACAUAAUGGACAAGGAUAGACUAUAACGUCACAUCAUAUAUUAGGAUAUAUGUUUAUUGUUUAACCUACAGUAAUAUUUGUUAGUGUUAUAAUCAAAUAUUGUUUAAACGUGCUUCAAACAUAAUAUCCAAUAUUCAUGUAUUUGUCAAACAUUAUUCUGUCAAUUUAAAAUGUCAAACACAAAGCUAUAGUUGGGCACAUAUCAGUUUAAAAUCUGUAUUCUCGUAUAAAUACUACUACAAUAAGAAAUACAACAAUUCUAUAUUUUUAAUAGAAGUGUAACUGAAAAUAUAUUUUAUCGAUUUAAUGGUAAAAGUAGCUAUUUUAAAACCUUAUUAUGAUCAAACGUGUAAACGAUCAUUCAAACCAGGUAAUAAUAAAAGUACCGCAUGUCAUUAUGUAUAAAAUAUUUCUGACUAUUCUCAACUCAUAAGUUUAGGAUAACUUUUUCUUCCAGCAGAUAGAUCCAGCCUGUCAAGAAUGUGAAGAACAAGAAAAAGUGGCAAUAUCGUAGUGUCAUCCCUUUCAAAUCAAUCUAAGAAAAAAGGGAUGACAC